GACUCACCUGUUAACAUGAUUGACAAUUAUUUACUUUGGAGAGCCCUGAAAGGCACUUCUACAUUGCAGAAAUUGGAAUUAUCUCGAAGCCCAUCAUCCAGUAUCAGGUUUCCCAAUUCCCAUUCUAUAAAAGAGGCUGAUUCCUCUGUGGCAAAAGUGGUAGGAGAGGAGCCCAGGACAGCUGCCGCAACCGGGAGACUCAGAUACCGAGAGAUGUUUCUAGUUGGGAGCCUGGUUGUCCUCUGUGGGCUGCUGGCCCAGAGCUCAGCCCAGCUGGCAGGCCUGCCCUUGCCCCUGGGCCAGGGCUUGCCCUUGCCCCUGGACCAGGGUCUGCCCUUGCCACUCGACCAGGGCCUACCUUUGGCUGUGACCCCAGCUCUGCUUUCAAAUCCCACAGACCAUCUUGCUGGAAGCUUCACAGAUGCUCUAAGUGGUGGCCUGCUGUCUGGGGGACUGCUGGGCAUUUUGGAAAACAUUCCACUCCUGGAUAUAUUAAAGUCUGGAGGAGGCAAUACUAAUGGCCUGGUUGGGGGCCUACUUGGAAAACUGACAUCAUCUAUCCCUUUCCUGAACAACAUCCUGGACAUAAAAAUCACUGAUCCCCAGCUGUUGGAACUUGGCCUUGUGCAGAGCCCUGACGGCCAUCGUCUCUAUGUCACCAUCCCUCUAGGCUUCACACUCAAAGUGAAUACGCCCCUGGUUGGAAGUCUUUUGAAAUUGGCCGUGAAGCUGAACAUCACUGCAGAAGUCUUAGCCGUGAAAGACAAUCAGGGGAGGAUCCACCUGGUCCUCGGUGACUGUACCCACUCCCCUGGCAGCCUGCAGAUCACCUUGCUCAAUGGAGUCACUCCACUUCAAAGCGUCUUAGACAACCUCACAGGGAUACUGACUAAAGUACUUCCUGACCUGGUGCAAGGCAAGGUAUGUCCUCUGGUCAAUGGGAUUCUCAGCCGUUUGGAUGUCACCCUGGUACAUGACAUUGCUGAAUUACUGAUCCAUGGGCUAAAAUUUGUCAUCAAGGUCUAGGCCCCCCCAGGAAGAGAGAGGAUUGGCCUUAGCUGAGCUGCAACAGAAGGACAGAAAUGACAAAAAGAGCAGAAGGAAAGAUGCUGUGGUCCAAGUAUUGACUGCUCAUGGAAAGCAAUGAAGAUGUUAAUAGGAGUUGUCAUUUUUUUAGGGGAAAAACUGGAUUUGGAGGAAGUGAGAAGAGGAAGGGGAAAGUUGAGAUUGUAUAGAACAUGAAAAACUGGAUGCAAGAAAAGAAUCUCUGAGAGAUCAGACAAUCAAAAACCCACAGUCUCAGUAAAAACAAAUA